AUGACGAGUGUCAGCGACUUGCUCCAGCGCAGAGCAGCCGUGAACCACUUUCCGGGCGGAUCUCUCAACUUUGAGCGCUUCGAGACCGAAUCUAUCGACGAUUGCACAGAUUUUAUAUGCCAGUUGAUCGACCGGAGUGCCAGGAUUAACAGGGUCAGCAUUGCCGAGAUGAGGAGGAGCGUCAAGAUUAUGGCCACCGGGGGCGGGGCAUACAGAUACUGUGAUAUGCUUCGAACGCGAACGGUCUACUACUUUUCCGAUGACCUCAUUCGCUCCGUUCGUGCCCCCCACCAAUUCCUACCUGCCUCUCCCUCAAACGAACCUCUUGAACGACCGAGUCCAAAUCCACCCGAGUAUCAAGUCGCGUUUGCUGCUCCUCCCACCGCUUCAAACCCGCAUUUGCCAUGCUUGGUGGUCAAUAUCGGCAGCGGUGUCUCUAUUCUCAGGGUAGAUGCUUCAGGCCAGUUCGAGCGUGUGUCGGGUAGCGCUCUGGGUGGAGGAACACUCUGGGGCCUGCUUUCCCUCCUAACAGGCGCCACGUCCUUUGACGAAAUGCUCGCGCUUUCGGAACGAGGAGAUCAUUCCAAAGUCGACAUGCUCGUCGGCGAUAUCUAUGGCAACGAAUCCGGCGGGACCGAUAAGCUUGGCCUCAAGGCUAACGUUAUUGCCUCUAGUUUCGGAAAAGUGUUCAAAAAGGGCAAGGGGGCUGAGCGUGGUAGCUUUGCACCGGAGGAUAUCAGCAGGAGUUUAUUGUAUGCCAUCUCGAACAAUAUCGGGCAUAUUGCAUACAUGAAUGCGGAAAAGUAUGGCCUGAAGAGAAUCUACUUUGGAGGGUGUUUCAUUCGAGGUCAUGCAACAACAAUCGCUACACUUUCUUAUGCGAUUCGGUUCUGGAGCAAGGGUUCGAUGAGGGCAAUGUUCCUGAGGCACGAAGGGUUCCUAGGGUCAAUUGGCGCAUGGAUCAAGAAUAUUGACCAGAGCAACACUACAUCUCCCUCCUCGCCGACGGCUCAUCAUCCCCGACGACACCCGACGCCCCAGUCCCGUCGACACAUAGCGCCCCGGUCUUUGUUCUCACUCAAAACUAGCCUCUCCCUUUCCUAG